AAUGAAUUAGUCAGUAUCUUGUUGAGUAUUUAGGUAAAAGGGUUAAAAGUUUUUCUUUUCAACGGAAGAUUAACUAUUAACAAAAUAGAAACCAGUGCAUACAUUGGAACUCGCUCGAAUCCGUCCAUUUAAAAACAUUUUUCAUGUAAAAAGACAUUUAAGAAGAGAGAAGCUUUCUGUUUUGAUGGAAAGUCGUCAUAUCGUUUGAAUGGCUGAUAAACAUUCAAAAAGGACUUAAUGUUUUGUUCGAACAUAUUUCUUUGCUUUGAAAAGUAAUGAUUGGGAUGGGUUGUGAAUCUUCAAAAAUUAGUGUGAAGGAACACGAUGCAGGAGGCCAAAAACAAAAUGGAGAAAAGCCUAGAGAAAAUAAGGUUGCACCCGAACUGGGUCGUCUGCUUUCCACUUACCAGUUGAUCCCGUCUUUCAAGGAAUGUGAUGAGCUACACUGCUUCGCUGACGAUGUGGAAAAGGCCAAACUUCUGCCUCCACCCGUUCCCCCGCCAACAAAGAAGAAUGAAAUUUUUGACAUUAACCAAUUCAAGAAAGUGGACGAGCGGGCUGUCAAGGCGCCAUCCAAGUUACUUAAACAACCCCUAAGUAACCUAGUGGAGUACAUCACGGAGGGUUUGGAUGAUGACCUGUCUAAAGUCCGAGCUAUUUAUCGAUGGGUGACCUGUCAGUCUGUGGAUAGCAUGAAAAUUCCCAACAAGGAACCGUCACAAUCCCAUACAAUGUUCCAACUGUGGCGAAUUAAACACAGAAAGGGCAACUAUGCUCAACUUAUCAGCCUUCUUUGUCGAUUUGCACAGUUACCAUGCAUCAUCAUUCACGGCAAACUGAAAGGCUCUACGUAUGAAGUUGGGGAGAAGCUGGAUGAGGAACAACACUACGGAGAGUGGAAUGCGGUGUUGGUGAAUGGACACUGGCGCUUCGUUAACGCAUACUGGGGCACAUGCGCAGAAGGCGGAGCGGAAGAAGAAAUGUGGGAAGUGGUGGAUAAAGGCGGUGGGGAAACGAACAAUGAUAUGCAGAGCAGGCAGCUUUUUUACUCUUGUGAUGAGAACUAUUUUCUCACUGACCCUGAGCAGAUGGUUAGUACACAUUUGCCAAGUAAACCAGAAUGGCAACUUUUGGAAAAUCCAGUCACGGAGGACGAUUUCACAGAAAAUGCAUUUUUGAAAGACAGAUAUUUCAAUAUGAAUCUAAAAUUAAAAAACCCAAAGAAAUGUGUGGUCAUGUGUGAAAGUGAAACAGAUCUGACAUUUGAACUGCCUAGAGAAAGGUCUCUAAAUCUUGAUUUCCAGUAUCUGUUAUUACGAAUGAAAUCAGCACAUGGAAACCUCCCUCGCUACGAUCGAUAUGUAUUCUUGCAAAGAACAAAUGACGAAACAGUAUCAAUUCGAAUUCGGUCACCAGUUGCGGACACUUUUCGUUUUGAACUUGUCGGAAAAGACGUGACGGUGAGAGAUAAGACUUAUGAUUAUGACUGGAUUGCCAUAUACAAGUUGGUUUUUGGAAAAGAAGACGAUUCAAUUGAACCUUUUCCGGAAUGUCCGAUCAUUGGCUGGGGUCCUGGACGAGCCACUAUGGAAUGUGGUUUAGCGCCAAUGAGUCAUUUCGCGGGAGAAAUAAAAAAUAAAGACGAUGGGAAGAUUGAAGUGAGGUUUGGAACCACCAGUGACAAGGAUUGGAGCAAGAUGAAAAUCCAUGGAGAAUUAGUGAAAGGAGGUAGUGAAAAUGAACCUAUACCCGAUCACGUGAUUCAUCGUGUGGAAAAUGGUGACGUCAUAUUCAAUGUAAAUACACCCAAGUCUGGGGAGUACGCUCUGAAGCUGUACGCAAAGGGUGAACGGGAUAAAGAAUCUAAAAAUAUUUGUAAUUACAUAGUUUCUUCAGAACAGAAAGGAGAGAAUUAUGCAUUUCCACGUGGAUUUCAAGGAGGUCUUGGAUGUAAGGAUGCAUUUAAUGCCAUGGGUCUUCGAGCGCUGACACACGAAAGUGGAAUGAUUGAUACAGACGAGGAAGUGCUGGAAAUUGCGUUCGAGAAGACCCAAGAAAAUGUUGAACUUUCACUUAGUCUAACCGGCAAUACCAUCCGACCAGAAAUGGCCAAACGACUGAUAGAAGAGUCGGUGGAUGGUAAUAUUGUAACUUACAAGAUAAGGUUGCCGCAGACUGGAAAUUACGGCAUCAAAGUUAUGGGCAAUCGCGGCAGAGGAAACGAGAGCGUAUUUGAUUACAUUGUUCAGUACAAGAAAUCUCACAAGAAGAAAUCCAAGCCAGUCCGCGAAGCAGCACCAGAAAUGCCCAAACCUCCUCCUGAACCUCAAGUACAGAGAGAUCCGAGAAUCACAGAGUAUAUAGAAGCAAUGAAGAAAGCCAUACAGGAACAAAACGAGACGGACCUGGAGCUGGCCUUAGAUGACCUCAAGAACCUUGGACUGGCUUCUCUUAGAGACGAUAUUCAGUACGGCGAAAAUGAACUGAAUGUGAUGAGAUGUCGAAGAGAACUGAAUGAAUCUACAGAGAUGAAGGAUUUGGAUGCUAUAAAGACUGCCCUACAGCUUACUAAAACUAAGAACGUGGAAAACAGGCUGGUGGAGGAGGUUGUUCGCGCCAAAUCCAUGUUGGAACGUCUGCGAAAUAUCGCCAAACUUAUGCAUGCUGUCUUGGCCUUGGAUCAGAAAACCAUUGCAGAAAUUAAAGGUUAUCAACAUCCACCACCUGCUGUUCAUCACGUGAUGAUGGCGUCACUGUUGUUGCUUGGUCACUGGGAAGAGGAAACAGAGAAAAUCACGAAGCGUUACAAGGAUCCAAACUUCCAUAGCCAAAGUGAUUGGAAAAACGUGCAAAUUGCUUUAGGAAAGAUGGGAAAAGAAUCGAUAAAAAGAAAAAUUCAAGAACUUAAGGUAGACAGCAUUCCCAUAGAUGUCGCUCUUGGAGCACGUGAUUUGAUUCGAGAUUUUACUUUGGAUCAAGUGCGCAUGGUCAGCGCUGGUGGAGCAACGUUUUAUAUUUGGGUUCGAGGUUUAACGGAGGAAAUUGAGAAGAGAAAUGCCGAAAUUGUCCACACAGUUCGACCACGGACCAGCAAGCGAAGGAAAGAUAGGACGUCAAUAGCUUAGAGACACUUUAUUCACCUUUUCAGGAAAUCAUUUCUAUGCUGCCAAGUUGUUUGUCUGUGGUGUUAGUACAUGUAGAUAUGUAUAAGUUUAAUCGGUACCAGUUUGACUUGAAAACACCCAUAUGCGUUACACCGAUAGUCAUUUUAUUGUACAGAUUUAUGUCAUAAGGGAACAACGGUGUAGAUUACUGGAAUUGCGGUUAAGCUAUCAAUGUUGAGGUUUGUGUUUUGCAUUUUUAGUUUUAAUUUUUAAAACCCUUAUUCCGUCCUUGACACAUUAUAUUACAUAAUAUUGUAUAUUAUAAUACGUCCAUAAAACGCUAUAUGUUUUACAAUAUAGUAUCUAUUAAUCCGUCCCUCAAUGGAUCAGUGAUACAAACAUCUGUUGUAUUUUGAUUUAUAAUGUGUAUCAAUCAUUUAGUGGUACGUUACGUCUCACUUGGUGUGUGUGUUUGUGAACAUGCUUCAUUUCUUGUCCAAUUAGUAUUUGUUAAUUUAUUGUUCCUGUAAAUAUGUGUAUCAAAAAUUGAGGAAUUAUUGUUAUAUUUUAUGAUAAAUCAGUUAAAAAUCUU